UUACUUUUUUAAAGGGCACUGCCCCAUUCUAUCCCACUAUAAUUGAAGGAGAGAUGGAGGAUAGAAAAGAGAAAACAAAGCUUUCUGAUUAUAGUAAACCAGGACUAGACGGGGAUUAAAAGAUUUUGACUUCGUCAGCAGCAUUCAGCUCAGAAACUAAGCAAGUCGGAGGAUAGGAGGUCGUCGUUCGCGAUAACCGCAUGCAUAGAUUUUUUAGCAAAUUCCAACAUCACGGUCCCGGCUAUAGCCUACCUGUCAGGUCACUUCUGCUGUGGGUAUCACGUUGGUGCGACCGACAGAGCACAUUUCAGCUCAGCUGAUCCAUUUUUUUUCUCAAUUUGGUCAAGAUGGCAGAACUGAGAACUGUGGCUACUGGUGACCAUCCUAACAAAUCUGAUAGAAAUAAAUGCAGUCCAAUCUCCCUUGACCAAGAGGUUGUGCGAAGACUGUCAGUUCCAUUCAGUGGUCGUAUCAGAGGUGGGAUGAGGCCUGGAAAGAAGAUCAUUGUGAUGGGGAUAGUGAAUCCUGAGCCUGACAGCUUUGAUAUCAGUCUGGCCUGUGGGUGUGGCACAGUGGAGGAGGCUCCUCCCAUUGACGUGGCACUGGAGCUCUGUGCCAGGUUCGAGGACCGCCAGUUCCUACGCAAGGCCUGUGUCUCAGGUAUCUGGGGCGACGCUGAGAAGCCCAUCCCCUACUUCCCCUUCAUCGAGGAUCAACCUUUCCGGAUCGAGAUCCAUUGUGAACUACUGCGUUUCCGUGUAUUUGUGGAUGGACACCAGCUCUUUGAUUUUUACCACCGGGUGCGAUGCUUACUGGAUAUUGACACAUUAAGGAUUAAUGGUAGUCUGACCAUUACCAAACUCGGAUAGAAGGAAGAAGGACUAUGUAGGAUGCACCUUACGGAAGUGGUAAUGGAACCUUGCCUGCCGCAAUCCUCACACUUAGCAAUAAUGUGGACAUCGGCUUGAAAGCAAUGUCUUAGCCUCUUUGAGCCUUAACUGACAAAAUCGAUUGCAAAGCAAUGUUCUGUCUUCGGAUUUUCGAUAGGAUGUGGCCUACCUAUUUCUCUUAGUUGUGAUUUAUUUUUUGUUUCAUGGUAUUGAGUGCUGUUGGUUUGAGAUGGUCAUGAAAUAAAAAGGC